AUGGAUUUACUGUUCCUUAGCCGGCGCAUUUAUUUGGGCGAUGGCAGCCACGAGUUGCCUCUCAACGGUGGCAUCAUUGUGGACACGGGCGGCAUCAUCAGACGCGUCCUACGCACAACGCAAGAGGUCAACACCUAUCUAUAUAAUACGGAAUCGGAAGCUGUCUAUGAUUUUGGGGAUCUUCUGCUGAUGCCGGGUCUAAUUGAUACGAAUGUGCACAUCAGCGAGCCAGGCCGCACAGACUGGGAGGGAUUUGUGUCGGCGACUAAGGCGGCAGCCGCCGGCGGGUUCACCACCAUCAUCAAUCGGCCCACCAAUGCCACGCCUACCACAGUGAACGUGCAGGCGCUCAAAGCAAAAACCUCCACGGCACGCGGCAAAAUUUACGUGGACGUGGGCUUCUGGGGCGGUCUGGUGCCCGGCAACAUCGAUCAGCUGGCGCCGCAGCUGGCGGCCGGCGUGGUGGGACUACAGUGCACACUCUGUGGCAGCGCACCGCCUGUCGGCGAGGAGUUCGCAGCGAUCAACGAAGCCCAGCUCGUCGAGGCGCUCAACCAGCUAAACAAGGAGCACGAAACGGAUGCGGUUAUAGCGUUCCACGCCGAGCUGCCACACAGUGAGGCAGUGGUGCUCCCGGAUGACGACUCGUGCAAAUGUUAUGCGAAUUUUCUGCGCACACGACCCGCCAGCAUGGAGCUUUCGGCGGUGGAGCUAAUCUGCCGUGUGGCCGCACAGCAUCCAGAGCAACGCUAUCACAUUAUGAAUCUGUGCUGCGCCGAGGCGCUGUCCGUGCUGGCAGCAAGCCGGCGACAAGCGGGCACGCAGCUGACGGCGGAGACGUGUCCACAUUAUGUGGCACUCAGUGCGGAAGAGGUGCCCGAUUGUGGCACCGAGUUCAAGACCUGGCCGCCCAUCAGAGAGCGCGCCAAUCAGGCGCUGCUGUGGCAGGCGCUGCGGCAACCGGACGCCGCGCUACAGCUGAUCGCCAGCGAUCACUCCUCGGCCACGCCCGGCGCCCGCUGUCUGACCUAUGGACGCGGGCGUGGCAAUUUCAUGAACGCCUGGCCGGGCAUCAGUUCGCUGCAGCUGAGCCUGCCCGUGGUGUGGACGCGCGGCCAGCAGGAGGAGCAACCCCUAAGCGUGGCCGAGGUGCAUCGCCUGAUGUGCUGGCAGCCGGCGCAGCUCUGCGGCCUGUCCAGUUUCAAGGGGCGCAUUGCCGAGGGCUACGAUGCCGACUUUUGCAUCUGGCAGCCCGACGAGCAGUUCACCGUCACGGCCGAGGAUCUGUUCGCUGCCCACAAACCGGCCACGCCCUAUGCCGGCCAGAGGCUGAGCGGUGUGGUACAUGCCACGGUGGUGCGCGGCCUACAUGUCUAUCAGCAGUACGAGGGAUUCGGACAGCCGCUGGGCAAGGUUCUGCUGCGCAAGAGCAGUCGCAAGCUAGUCAAGUUUGUUCGCCUGUGA